AUGGACGAGAUAUUUCUCCCCCACCUUCAAAAAAUAGAGCCACAUGCACAUUUCACAUUCAGUUUUCCGAUCAUAGAAUCAUCACUUGGGAGAAAGUACUAUGCCAAAGUAGGUUCGUUCAGCGAACGAGAACAGUUCGUGGGAGAGGCAGAGUCACUCAGAGCCAUACACAAUGCUGCACCAGGACUGGCUCCUCAGGUGCUCGCAGCGGUCGGUCCAGAUGAUUCUGCCGCAACAUCUGAACAGCCUUAUUUCCUGCUAGCUACGGAAUUGCACGUAUACAAGAGCACCAUGGGCUUCGGAUUUCACGUGCCUACCUUCUGCGGAGCAACUCGGCAAGACAACAACUGGCAUCAAACCUGGGAAGAAUGCUACAGCGCCAUGAUUGGAAAUCUCCUCGCCAAGCUUCGCGAUAAAGGCACGUUUUCAGAACUUUGCAUCAAAGGGGAACAACUGUACAGAGUGAUACCAUCCUUGCUUCGGCCCCUCGAGAUUGAGCCGGUGCUAUUACAUGGUGACCUCUGGAGCGGUAACGCGGGCAUAGAUAAUUCAUCGGGUCAACCUGUUAUCUUCGAUCCGUCAUCUUACUACGGUCACAAUGAGGCUGAUCUGGCCAUCGCUCGUAUCUUUGGCGGAUUUCCACGCAGCUUUUUUGAAAAGUAUCAUGAACACCUGCCCAAGACCGAACCUGUGGAUCAGUAUGAGCUCAGAGCAGACCUUUACGAGCUCUACCAUUAUCUAAAUCACACAGUUCUGUUUGGAAGUUCAUAUGCAGGAAGUGCUCUGCGGAAGAUGACUGUGCUUAUUGGGGCUUGCCCGUAAAUGGACAUACGAACCAUAACGCAACAGGGACUAUAUGUAGCAGGUCAACCAGUGCAGUGGUCAAUGUAUUAAUAUUGUAUUUUUGUGACAGUUUCUCGACCAGCUCGAGGGUUACAAAUGGCCACGUUGGUGGCAGA